CCGCAUUACGUACCUAGCCGUGACAGCGAGCCACUGAGACUGAUGCCUAGUCCACAAAACACUAAGUGCCAGUGUGAAAGAGGACCUCCAGGUCCCAUGGGUCCACCUGGCCCGCAGGGACCACCAGGACUUGACAGUGAGGUUGAAGGACCGCCAGGUCCCAUAGGAUUACCAGGACCGCCUGGAUCGCCAGGGGUCGCGUCUGAAAUCAGGAGAACCGGAAACCGUAGAAGCGUGGACGAAAACGAUAAGGGAGAACAUCGAGGAUGGAGGGACAAGAACAAAAGUUCAAGAACUCGAUACGAGAGAG